GACCAACAUGUCAUCGCCCGUGACGUCACGGCCAUCAUCGGCGACAACUCCAAAUGGCCAUUUUAACAAGAUAUCAGGAGUACCAUGUCCAGCCACGCCCACUCGUUAUACAGCUCCAGUACAUAUUGAUGUAGGAGGAGUCAUAUAUACGUCAUCACUUGAAACACUUACACGAUACCCCGAAUCCAGGCUGGCUCGCAUGUUCAAUGGGAGUAUUCCAAUAGUUCUGGAUAGCCUCAAGCAGCAUUACUUUAUAGAUCGUGAUGGCAAGAUGUUUCGCUAUAUUUUAAACUACCUGCGAUCACAGCGACUUCUUUUGCCUUCUAACUUCGAAGAAUUUGACCAGCUGUUGGAAGAAUCAAGAUUCUACGAUAUCGGUGGAAUGGCCAAAGAGGUUGAAAUGCUCAGAGCCGCGAAAAUAGGCAUGGCAGGCAUAAAACUGCCAAGUCAGAUCAAAACAGAACCCAAUACCUCGCCAGAAUUCUGUGAUUGCAUAGCAGUCAGCAUCAGUCCCGAUCUAGGAGAAAGAAUCUCUUUAAGUGCGGAGCGAGCUUUAAUUGAAGAGGUGUUCCCGGAAUUGUCGGCUGCGUUGGUGGACACGCGUAAUUCUGGAUGGAACAUGGACAAUCGUUACAUAAUCAGAUUUCCAUUAAAUGGUUUCUGUAAAUUGAACUCAAUACAGGUUAUUCUGCGUUUACUAAACCACAGCUUUAAGAUCAUUGCUUCAACAGGCGGUGGGGUCGAAGGGCAACAGUUUAGUGAAUAUCUUUUCUGCAGAAAUUGUAAAUCAUUGUGUUAGACGUUUCUUUUUAAAUGUCUUUUCUUCUUUCAUAAUAUACUCAUGUCCUGUGAUAUUUUUUUUAUUAUUUUCUGUUGGGAAAAUACAGCACAAAUUUAGGAACCUCAGUUAAUUUACAUUAAAAUAUAUUACCAAUGGUCUUAAAGAGUAUUAGUCUCAGAGUCAUAUACACAAAGACAAACUAGUGUAACAGUAAGGGUGAACUUUUAAUGGGACAGUCUUCAAAAUAUACAUGUAUUGGUUUAACGCAACCAAUCGGCGGUCAAAUUCUUUUUAUAUAAACCUACACAAUGAUCCAAAGCCCAAAGGUGAAAAUAAUCGAUCUGUGUAAUAGACAGAGGUAAAAGUUAUGGAGAGUGCCAUAGACCAGAAGACGUCUCUGAAGCAAUUUAUCUCAAACGAUAAACUUUGGGGAUUAUUUCAUUUAAAUAGAGUUCGGUAUAUCAAAAAAAAACUUCUCUGAAAGUCACCCUUGGUGGCAUUUGGACGUAAGUUUUCGGGGGAAUGCGUCGUGUGGGACCCAAUGGUUUCCAUCUAAUGUGUUCUAAGUAAAUCUGAACAUACUCUUUACAUUGAUGUGCACCACAAUCCAGAUCUAGCGCUAAUUUCCUAAUUUUUACUCUAAACUAUUAAUGUGUAUUAUAUAAUAUUCAAUGAUUAUUGUUUUGUGAAAUCUUGUUAUAUUUUGUAAUGUUUAUGUUUGUUUUACUACUGGA